UGCACAAGCCCCAAGGAGUGCAGAACCAGAAACCAUUGCAACACAUUCAAUAUUACGAUUGUUUCGACAUUAAUAUCUGUCCUGAUCUCCUGAUCUCCUUAUCUCUAGGUUUGUGACUGGGUUGGCUUGAUUUCCAAACAUGGGCACAGCCAUAUAUUGUUCUAAUAACUCAGACAACCAAUCAGAUUAAGUAACUAAUUAAAAAGGGGGGUUAUUCAGUUGGUGAAUAACCAACUAAAUAUUACUAGACCACUAGAUACCACUAAACCCUACACACCUUACCUUUAAAGUCUGCAUAACCCUGUCAACAUUAAUAUGAAUCAUCUAAAUUCCUCAUGCAUUAUCCUGCUGUACCACUGAUAUAAACAUAUCAUCCUCUUUUAACAUCUUUUACAUCUUUUAACGUCUUUGACCUUAAGACCAAGACCUAAACACACAUCUGUGUAAUCAGGUCCCUGUAUUCAGGAAAUAGUGGAGGGCAGUUCAAUGCUUCACUCAGUAUCUUCCAGACACAUCAUCAUCAUCACUGUAGCUGUACACAGAGUGGCUUCAUGCAGUUGCUGUCUUACUGGUCCCCAUACCCCUCCUCAUCUUCCUGUGGAUAAGGUGAUAAGUCUCUGUCUGUCUGUCUGUCUGUCUGUCUGUCUGUCUGUCUGUCUGUCUGUCUGUCUGUCUGUCUGUCUGUCUGUCUGUCUGUCUGUCUGUCUGUCUGUCUGUCUGUCUGUCUGUCUGUCUGUCUGUCUGUCUGUCUGUCUCUCUGUGUGUCUGUCUGUGUGUGUGUGUCUCUCUCUCUCUCUCUCUCUCUCUCUCUCUCUCUCUCUCUCUCUCUCUCUCUCUCUCUCUCUCUCUCUCUCUCUCUCUCUCUCUCUCUCUCUCUCUCUCUCUCUCUCUCUCUCUCUCAUUGGCCAUACAUUUCUCCUGUUGCUUCUUCAUCACUCUGUUCUCUUCACCAGAAGAAAGAUGGCUUCCAGAAACCAUGUUCCCAGGGAGGAAGGCCAGAUACUGUGGUGGAGGUGGGAGACAGGAAGCCAUUUCUUACUUAGCCAUCCUUGACUAAGACACACAAAUGCCCCGAGCCCACGCCCCAAAACCACAAGUAAAACUUCUAGUUGUUGCUUUAGUUGUUCCUGUUAAUCUAGCCCUGCCACUCUGAGAACUUUCUGCCAAUAUGCAAAUAUAAUUGCCAAGAGAUUAGCUAUUAAAGGGAACCAGCAGGCACAGCUGUUAUAUUGUAAGGUAAAAGUGCUUCAUGCUUCUUGUGAAAGGGCUCCGCAAAUUAAUUCUGUUUCUGUUGAAAGUUCCCAUUAAAGUUAGACUAUUGAUGUCGAGAGUAAAAUCUAGGUUGAGAUCUUCAGCACGAUCAAGAGGACAAACUAAGGGUCUUCUACCAGGGUGCAGAAUGACCAGACGGAGUGAUGGAAGUAUUGAUGUGUAAUCCAAGCAAAUAAAUAACUAUUUGAGAACAAUACUCUCAGCCCGGGACAGUUUGAGGAAACCUAGAAGUGGUUAGAAAAAGGAACACAUUUGAAGAAUGAGUCUUGAAUCAAAUCAAGCUUGCAUGGUGGGACCACAAAUCCCAACCAAAGAUCUGUCCUCUCUUCCCAUCUGUUCUUUACUGUUUCUGUGUUUGAAAACACCUCAGCUCUGACCAUUCGCUCGGCUCAGACAACACAGAGGGAAGCAAAGGAAGAGCAGGAUGACCGUCACUAUCCACCCACAUCUCUGCUAAGAGAACCGAAAGUGCCUCAACGUCCUGUGGGAUCCCCCCGUCAGAUCAGAUCAGAUAGACCAGGUCCUGUACUCUCUGGUAAACUCUCCAAGACCCAACGCUGUCCCUGGGGACACUGACCAGACCUCGGAAUUGUAAAGUAUACUUUAUUUAGAUGAUGAGUGAUGUAGUCUGCAACAUAGUGCUAUGAAUGGAUCCUGGUCAAAUCAUGAAAUGCACAAGCCUAACCCAAGUUUGAAAAAUGUAGGACACGUGUUUAGCUCUAUGGGUUUUAUAUCUACAUGCUAUUGUAUGAUUCAUUGGCCAUUUUGGGUGACCGGGUUAUAGCAUUCUGGCCACCACCACCACCACUACCAAAAUCUGAUAGGAGUGAUUGGGAAUAGUGUGUGCAAGGCAGUGACAGCCUGAACUGCUACAUAUGCCUCCCCUAAAUGAAAAAAAGUUGACCGGCACUCAGUUGAAUCUACACCACCUGCUCAUUGCCUGAAUGUACGGCACAUGUGAGGGGAGGUCUUAAUGAGAGCUUAACCUACUCCACUUGUACAUUGGUUUGUAUGGUAGAGAGCUCCCUCUGUAGGCUACAUACAGCUAUUGCACGCAUUUCCACUGCUUGGCUGAUUUGGUUACCAGGUCACCUGCUGAUGUGAUACACCUGUAAAUUAUGUAGCAAAGUUAUAUUACUAUUAUAUUAGUGUGGAGGUGGGGCGGCGUCUGGCCUGCAGGGGGAGCAUGGAGCACCGGGUCUGCUGGGGUGAUUGGGUCAGAUUGCGGACAGGUGUCUGCAAUCUGACCCAAUCAGGAAGUGUGUAUUUAUGUGCCUGCUUGUCUUUCAGUCAGGGCUGGAGAUAGGGAGGUGGAAGACGCUCUCUGCGAGCCAGAGAGAGCAUCGUAAAACCAGGAGACGGACGGAUUUGAACAGUGAACGUUGUCCUUUUGUUCGUGUGUCUUUAAGAUUGUGUAACCAAAGUGGAAAUAAAGAGGAGUUCGCUCCAUUUCCACCAAGAACUGUGUCCUGACUCCGUGAACCUGUUACACUGGCGCCCAACGUUGGACGGAGUCAAGUAUGGAUCCAUCAUCAUUGGCCAGUGUCCUCGGACACCUGGCCCAAAGAGCGGAGCGACAGACCCAACUGCAGCAGGCCCAGAACGAGGUCCUGGUGGAGCUGGCCCGCUCCUUGGCCACCGACCGGGAGGCCAUGCGGGAGCUACUCGGCUCCGGAGAACGCGGCGUGGAAACCCGACUGCGGCAACAUAUAUACGUCCCCAAGAUGGGGGAGGCCGACGACCCAGAGGCCUUCCUGGAGACCUUCCGGGAGGUGGCCGAGGUCUCCGAGUGGCCGCCGCAGGAGUGGGCCCACCGUCUCCUGCCUCUGCUGACGGGAGAGGGCCAGCUCGCGGCCCACAGCCUACCAGCGGCGGCCCAGAAGGACUUUGACACCGUCACCAGGGCUAUCCGGGACCGGUUGGGCCUAAACCCGGAGAAACAUCGCCGCCGGUUCCGGGCCCUGGCCUUCAACGACGGUGACCGGCCCUUCACCUACGCCCAGCAGCUGCGGGACCAGGCGAGGAGGUGGCUGGACCCGGAACAACACACACCGGAGGACAUAUUGGAGCAGGUGGCCCUGGAGAGGUUCGUCGAGGGGCUUCCAACCAGAACAUCUACCUGGGUCCGGUACCACCAGCCCGGGAGCCUCUCGGCGGCCGUCAACAUCGCGGAGGGCCACCUGGCUCCCCCUCUGUCAGACCGACGACCGGUCCCGAGCCCGCGGACCGGUGCCGCAGCCCUGCAGCGGGACAGGCCCACCCCGGGACCGAGGGCGAGAUGGGGGGGGGGUCCCAGUCACGAGCAGGCACAUAGUGCAACUUCCUACCCCAUCCAGCAGACGGGCACUCAGACGGCAGGGGAGGCGUGCUGGCGGUGUGGACGGCCGGGCCACCUUCGGCGGGACUGUCCGUUGAUGGAGGUGGGCCAGGUCGUCCGCGUCACCGGUGCCCCGGUUCUUCCCCACGGUCCCGGCGAGGCGUACCGUAUCCCGGUGAAGAUACAAUGGGGUACGCACCAGGCGCUGUUGGAUUCGGGGUGUAUGCAGACCAUGAUCCAUCAGCACCUGGUGCGAUCCGAGGCAUUGAUGGAGGCAUCGAGUGUUGAUGUUCACACGUGUCCCUUGGUCCCUAUCGAAAUUCGUUAUGGGGGGAAAACGCAUAGAGUCAAGGCGGCGGUUAGUCCGAGCCUCACGCACCCCCUGAUUCUAGGGUUAGAUUGGGCUGGGUUUCCAGGGGCGGUUAGCGAGACUACGGGGGUGCGGCCACGACAGAUAGGGACAUGUAGGUCAUGCGCUGUGUUCUGCGCCGAUGCAAGGGCGUCCGACGCUGAUCAGGGAUCGGGGGAGGAGGCGGGAGGUUCUCAACCCGAGGUCCGAGCGCCGAGCUUCCCACCGGUGGACGAUUUCCCCCUCGAGCAGUCUCGUGACGCUACUUUACGCUCAGCCUUCGACCAAGUGAUUGCUAUUGAUGGUUCGAGGGUACAGCCAGACGCAGUGCUGACUUACCCACACUUUGUGGUCGUUAGGGAUAGGCUUUAUCGGGUGGGUCGUGACAGCGAGAGUGAGGAGAUUUUUACCCAGUUGCUGGUACCCAGGAGCCGCCGGGAAAUGAUUUUCCAGGCGGCGCAUUACAACCCAAUGGCGGGCCAUUUGGGGUACGAGAAAACACUAAACCGGAUAAUGGCUCGAUUCUAUUGGCCGGGGAUUCGGGCGGAAGUGCGUAGGUGGUGCGCCUCCUGCCCCGAGUGCCAGCUGGUGAAUCCCCCCGCCAUUCCCAGGGCUCCCUUGCGGCCCCUUCCUCUGGUGGAGGCCCCAUUCGACCGCGUGGGCAUGGACAUUAUCGGGCCAUUAGAACGUUCCUCACAAGGGUAUCGAUUUGUGUUGGUCCUGAUCGACUACGCAACCCGAUACCCGGAAGCAAUUCCAUUGCGCAACAUCUCUGCGAAGAGUGUUGCGCAGGCGUUGUUUCAUGUCAUAUCACGGGUGGGAAUCCCGAAAGAGAUUCUCACUGACCAGGGCACCAAUUUCAUGUCACGCACGAUGAAGGAACUUUACGGGUUGUUGAAGGUGAAGGCCAUCCGCACGAGCGUCUAUCACCCAGCCACUGACGGCUUGUGCGAGAGGUUUAACCGGACGUUAAAGUCCAUGAUCCGGAAGUUUGUACUGGAGGAUGCUCGAAAUUGGCAUCAAUGGCUAGACCCUCUGUUGUUUGCGGUGCGGGAAGUUCCUCAGGCUUCCACAGGGUUUUCCCCAUUCGAGUUGCUCUAUGGGCGCAGGCCCAGGGGUGUCCUGGACCUCAUUAAAGAAACCUGGGAGGAGGGGUCCAGCGACAGUAAAAACGAAAUCCAGUACGUCAUGGACUUGCGUGCAAAGCUCCACUCACUCGGGGUAAUGUCACGUGAGCAUUUGCACCAGGCCCAGGAGAAUCAGAAACGCCUGUACGACAGAGGGACUAGAUUACGCGAUCUUACACCGGGGGAUAAGGUCCUCGUUCUGCUGCCCACCUCUAGCACCAAAUUACUCGCGAAGUGGCAAGGUCCCUUUGUGGUCACACGGCGAGUCGGGGACGUGGAUUACGAGGUAGUGCGGCCAGACCGGGGCGACUCCCGACAGAUCUACCACAUCAAUCUGCUCAAAAGGUGGAUUGAUGUGGUCCCGGUCGCGUUCGCUACGACACUACCGGAGGGAGAGGAGUUCGGACCGGAAGUCCCUACUCCGGGGCCUGUCCCUCCGGUCGGCCGAGGAGAGGAUCUGUCGGGGAGUCAGGCGGCGGACGUGGGCAGUCUGCAGCUCCAGUUCGCCGACGUCUUUUCGCCCCUGCCUGGUCGCACCCCGUUAAUAACUCACAACAUCGAGACGCAACCCGGGUUAACGGUGCGGACACGUCCCUACAGGCUGCCCGUCCACAAGCAAGACGUGGUACGGCGCGAAUUGGCAGCAAUGUUAGAGUUGGGCGUCGUCGAGGAGUCCCACAGUGACUGGUGCAGUCCCGUCGUGCUGGUGGGGAAGCCGGACGGGUCUGUCCGGUUCUGUGUCGACUACCGUAGGGUGAAUGCGGUGUCAAAGUUCGAUGCCUACCCAAUGCCUCGGAUCGACGAGCUAGUGGACCGGCUUGGCAUGGCCAAAUAUUAUACGACCCUGGACUGCACGAAGGGCUACUGGCAGAUUCCGUUGUCUCCAGCAGCCCGAGAAAAAACUGCGUUCUCCACUCCGCUCGGUCUUUACCAGUUCAAGGUGCUUCCGUUCGGGUUGUUCGGGGCCCCGGCCACGUUUCAGCGACUGAUGGACCGUGUGUUACGGCCUCAUGCUGCAUAUGCUGCCGCCUACAUAGAUGACAUUGUCAUCUAUGGUGACGAGUGGGGGCAGCAUGUGCAGCAGUAUCUGGGGUUCCACCUGGGGCGGGGGAAGGUCCGGCCGCAGGUCGGUAAGACCGCGGCGGUCGCCGCCGCCCCUCGACCCAGGACCAAGAAGGAGGCAGACGCGUCGGAUAGGGGGUUGGGCGCGGUCCUGACCCAGCAGGUUGAGGGGACCGACCGUCCGGUGCUGUACCUGAGCCGCAAGCUGUCUGACCGCGAGGGUCGGUACAGCACGUGGCUCCACCGGAUGAAGGAUGCCAACGCGAGGAUCACCCGGUGGUACCUCGCGCUGCAGCCGUUCAAUUUCCGGGUGGCCCACAGGCCGGGGGCGCAGAUGGUCGUGGCAGACUUCCUCUCCCGUCCCGGGGGGGGGGGGGGGAGUAGGUUUACGGCCGGAUGGGUCCCCGGCCUGUGUCGGGCGGUGGGGAUUGUGUAA